AUGAAUCUUGAUGAUGAACAGGUAGCUAUGCUGAAGAAUGACCCGGAGUUUGUCGAAUACUACGAAGCUAUCGGAAGAAAGUAUGAAGCUGAGGAAUCCUUUCCUUCCGUGAGGUUUUUAAGAAGAAACGUAGAAGUAACACAGAUUAUGCUUGGAAAUGAGCUAUUAGACCUUCCCAACAGGAUUUGGCUGUUCUCCGAUAAAAGUGUGGUAUACAUAUGCGAUCAGUGCCUGUUGCAAUACUGGGAUUCCGUUUCCUUUGACAACCAUAAAAAGAAUUGCAUUCUGAGUAUACCAGGGAGGUGUGUAUAUACUGACGAAGAGGAGAACAUAUUUGUACUUGAGAUUGACGGAAAAGACGAAAGCGUUUUAUGCAGAAGAAUAUGCACAAUAGGAAAGGCCUUUAUACGAAGAAAGACUUUGUACCUUGACGUCGAUGGAUAUCUUUUCUAUAUUCUGUUUACUGAAGGGAAAUUUUCUGGUUUUUUUAGCAAGGAAAAGGGAAGCACCAAGCACAACCUGUCUUGCCUCCUAGUACUGCCCCCAUAUAGAUCCAAGGGAUACGGCACAUUGUUGGUAGAUCUGAGCUAUGCCCUGGGGACAGGAACACCAGAAAAGCCUCUAAGCAAGGAGGGCCGUGCUGUCUACAAAAAAUAUUGGAGGAACAAAGUGCUGAGUGUGCUCCAAGGAAUGGCUAACCAAGAAAUGUCGAUAAAGGACAUAUCUACACAGUCCGGCCUUUCGAUAGACGACACCAUUCAUGGCCUGGAACUUCUAGACAUAAAUCCAGAAAGCGAUACCUACGAUGUAUCUGGCAAGGCUUCCACACCAUUCAGGGAAUGCAAAAAAGACCGCUUGGCUCUUUAG